AUGGCUUUACUCGUCCUUUAUGUACUUAUUAUGACACUGUAUCACUCGAGAAGUGAUAAUAUCGUUCGUCAAUUGCAUCCGAUUGGAAAUAGUCAAUUUAACGAAAUAAUUGUUAAUGGUGUAUUUAAUGUUCAACUAAUACAGAGCGAGAGUGAAACAUCUGUUGAAAUUGAAGCAUCUAAAGAUGUUCAAAAUCAUUUUGUUGUUGAUAUACAAAAUACUAGUAUUCUCUCGAUUCGUAUGAUACCGAACUAUUCAUUUUCGUCAAAGAUCAUUGUCUAUAUCAAAUUCAAAGACUUAAAACAGUACAAUAUGGAAAAUAUGGUAGGCAACACCAACAGUACAAAUGAGAUCAAACAAAAUCAAAAGUUUAUAUUGUAUAGCAAAGGUACUGGAAAUGUUAAUUUGAAAUUGAAUGUUCCGCUCUUUGAAGCCCAUGUCUAUACUACGGGUCAGCAUAUACUUAAUGGACAAGUUCAAAAUGAAGCAACAAUCGUCUAUCGAGGAGUUGGUGAUAUUGAUGCUCUAAACCUUGUUACGAAAAAGAUGAAUGUAAAUGCAAAUGGUGUAGGAAAUAUACGUAUUAUGGCUACAGAUGAAAUCAAUAUUGACGUUAGUGGUGUGACGACGGUCUUUUACAAAGGACCAUUGAAUAAUCAAAAGAAAUAUGGAUUAGGAAGAGUUGUUCCGCUAUUAUUUUGA